AUGGCAGUUGUCAACACCUUCUACCAAAAGAGAGAUGAACAUCUCAUCACAUACAAGAGUGGGCAACAUUCCACACAGAUUGACUACUUGAUGAUAAGAAGAGCGGACCUGAAGAGUGUCAGGAAUUGUAAGGUCAUUCCAGGAGAGGCAGUUGCGGCACAGCAUAAACUCCUAUAUCAGACAAGAGAAGAAACGAAAGUCAAAAACAGAGAAACGGAUCAAGAUCUGGAAACUGAAAGGGGACAAGAUCAUAGAGUUUCAGGAAAAAGUGAGAGAAAAGCAAGUACCAAAAACAGAGACAGCGCAAGAAAACAGGCAUUCCAUGAAAAGUGCCCUACUGGAAGCAGCAGACGAGAUAUGUGGUACCACCAACGGAAUACGGUACCAAGGAAGGGAGACAUGGUGAUGGAGCACAGGAAUGAGAAUAAGAUCAAGGAAAGAUGGAGGGAGUACUUUAGCAACCUGCUGAAAGUGGAAAAUGAGUGGGACCCACUCCAGGAUUGCCCACCGGUUGAAGGCCCCUUGCCUGAUAUAAACGAGAAGGAAAAAGUAUGGGACGAAAAGAAGAUGCCAGCAGAAUGUAAACUAGGUGAACUAGUCACCAUUUACAAGAGAAAAGGGACCCACUGGACUGCGGGAACUUCAGGGGUAUCAAGCUCCUAG